UCCUUCCAAUUAUGCCACGUGGCACAGACUCUCCAUUCUCAAUUCCUUCUUUCCUUCCCUCUCUCUCCCUUCAGUGUCUCUGGAAAUCUCCGUCAAGACGAUUUUACUGAGGAAAACCAAAUUGGAGCCUUUUGUAAUCCUGCACUUGUUGAUGCUGUCAUCGGUGUUUAGGGCAAUCGAGGGUUGUGGAAAUUUCUGGGUUUUGAAGAAGGAGAUCAAUUUUGGUUCGUCUCUGCAGAUUUGGAAAUGUUCCAGUGGGACUCUGAGCGCUUCUUUGGACUGCGUAUUGGUUUAGGGAUCGUCUACUUCUUCAUCGGAGAUGUUUGAUUGGGACGACGAAGAGGUUUUUAGACUGAAUUCUCCUAUAUUUGAGCUUGCAGACAUAAUAUGGGGUGAUGCCAGUGAGACUGGUGACCAUAUUGUGCCUUAUCCCAAGAAAAAUGAACAGAAGCCAUUGGUUACAUGUGGAGAUGAAACCAAGAAGCAAUGGAAUCAGGAUGCUAACACUGUUAAACCUGCAGAGCAUAAGACAACUGCACCUAAAAAUGAUUCUCCUGACUGUAGAUUGGAUGGCAGUUCCCAGUUUAACAAAAAUGAAGGAUUUUCAGCUCCUGGAUUUGACAUGGACUCUUGGCCUGAUUUGCCAUUAUCAAUUGCUGAUUGUGAUAGAGGAUAUGGUGACAGAAAUGGUCAAGAAUCUAUCACUGAAAUCGGCAAUUUCAACUCAGGAAGAGCUGAAACAGGUCAACUAGAUAGUGAUCAUGAAUUGUUUGUGGAUGAGCAUGUUGAUAAAGAAGAUGGAUUUCUCGACUAUAGUUGGGCUAGCAUAGGGAGUUUUGAUGACCUCGAUAAAAUCUUUAGAAAUGAUGAUUCAAUAUUUGGACAUGAAAGUCUUGGUAAUGCAGAUGAAUUAUGGUCAUCUACAGAUGUAAUUAGCGGCGCACCAAAACCCUUGCCCUUGUCUGCUGGUUCUCCAAGCUCAGGGUUAGGAGCAUUGAAGUGUAAGCCUGAGCAAUAUGAAUUCAAAGUGGACUUCGUGCCACAUGAGGACCAGUCUUCUACCCCUGGCAAAGAGAUGAUGAAUGAUCAUGGUUCUCAUGGUUUACACAAUUUGCAUCCAAGCGUAGAUGAACUUAAUGGAAAGCAAAGCUGCCCAUCUAGUAAGCCCUUAGUGUUGGAGAAGACAGCGCCUGAGCAAAUUGGAAAGAUAGAAGCUGUAAAGUCCCAGCCUCCUAGUGAAAAUCGUGCAAUCCAGAAUGACUCUGCAGACAAGGGAAGUAAGCAAAGAAAGUUGUUAUCUCAGAUAAAAGCAGAGGAAAAAAGUGAAGAGAAACUUUCGCAAGAAUUAUGUGGUGCCUGGUCACCCACUGCAAACCAAUUUCAACAAUUUGGGAAUCAAUUUGCAAACUCUGCUGUACAAACCUUCCCAACUUCAGUUCUCAGUCCGCAAAGACAGAUUAGUGGGCAUGAUUAUAUGAGAUACCUUCAGACCUCCCAUUCAUAUUUUCCGGCUGGGUAUGGAAAUCAAGUGCCUCAGUUUCCAUUCAUGCCUCCAUUGCAACACAUUCAACCUGAGAGGGACAAGCACCAUCAGGUUCAUGUUGGUCAUGAAUUUUCUCCCAGAUCAUCAAAGCAUGCCAACGGAUCAAAGAAAUCAACAGAUGUUUCAACCAGUUCUUUGAUCAUGACACCUCAGGAAAAGAUUGAAAAAUUAAGACGGCGGCAGCAAAUGCAGGCAAUGCUUGCCAUUCAGAAACAACAGCAGCAAUUCUCUCAUCAGGCUACUUGUACUGACGAGUCUAUUACCCUGAAGUGUCAGCAAGCGGUUCAAAGUGAAGAUACUGUGGCCACUAACAAUGAAGUUGAAGAAAACUUAAAAGUCCCUCCAUCCCUGGACCUAGCUUCACCUGUUGAACAAGAUGAUUCCAAUACAGUUUCUAUGGUGAUUGAUGGGGGUUCACUGGAGGAAACAAUACUUGAUCAACUUCAAGAAGUAGUUGGAAAGUUGGAUGUUAGAGUAAGACUUUGUAUUCGAGAUAGCUUGUACCGUUUGGCCCAAAGUGCAGUGCUAAGGCAUAGUGCUGUAGAUACAAGUAGUACCAAUAAAAGUAGUGAGGAUGAAAAUGAGGAUGCUACAAAAGAAGAAUCAAAGAGUCCCAACAGGUCUAUCACUCUGAGUAGGCUGGAUGCGGAAACAGAGACAAAUCCAAUUGAUCGUACUGUGGCUCAUCUUCUCUUCUACCAGCCUCCAGAAUCAUCUGCAAGGCCUGUCCAUGAUGGUGAGAUAUCCGGACCACCUAUACCCAAUAAACUUUCAUGUGAGCCCAGAAUGGAAGGCCUACUGAACCUACCCAUGGAAUGCCUAUCUGAGAACUCAACUGAAAAGAAAAGUGUCUGUCACCCAGGAACUAAAGCACCCGGCACAUUCCCUGAGCCCCAGCAUGAGGAGGAUAAGUUUACAGGCAGUCCUUACAUAAACACUCCAGAGGACGCAUUGAACAAUGAACUAGAAGUUGGUGGAGUCAUGGAGGUUAAAGCCCCACAAUGAAGAAAAUGAAUUGAAAACCAUUAUGGACAACUGUAUCUUAAUUGAGUAAAGGCUUUUGGUGGCUCAAAUAUGGCUUCAACAGAGGUUUUCAUUUAAAUUGUGAAGCAAUGGAGUUGACUAGUUAUUUGUAUAUGUGAUUCUCUUUUAUGUAUCCUAUGUCCAAAAGAGACUGGUUCGGUCCUUAACUAUUGUACUGUAGGUGAUUAUUAUGCUGUCUGAGUUCAACUUACUGCAUCGAGGUGGCAAACUUCAACUUACCAGACAUGGCUUGUUCUAUAUUUUAGAUGAGUCCCUUUAUGGUCCUUCUGAGCACCGAUGAUGCUGAUGUCUUAUAAUACAGGUUCUAUUUGUGAAA